CGUUUGCAAAGAAAUGGACGUAAUGAGCGUGUACGAUCUGUUUUACAACACGUUGUUCAGUGUCACUACGUGCCGCAAUUACGAGUUGCCGGACGCCGGUCUUAUGAGAGUGGCGGAUGCGACGCCACAACCUGGCUUAGACUCGUCUUUGGAGGAGUCGGUCGAGGCUCGUGAAAUUAUGGAGGAGUCACCCGAGACUUAUGCAAUAAUGGGCUAUAAAAGCCGAAACGGCAGCGAAUCAGAUGAGGCCUACGAGGGUGAAAUAGAGCCGAUGCGAGCGGCGAUAACGUGCGCGGAGAACUCGGUGGAUUUGGAAAAAUUCAUGUCCGACAUCGAUACGCUAUCCAACGAGACUCGUACGGCAUUCUUCUCUCAGUACUGUCCACAGCUGGAAAGAACUGCUUUAUGUAUGCAUGAUGUGGUGGAGGCCACCAGACCCUUCUUGGAGGAAGACCUUUUCAUCAUCGUCAAGGCACUGGCGGACAACUACCCGGAUGCGGUUGAUAUGAUUUGCAAAAAUGAUGGCGAAAUGAUCUUCAACCUGGCCGAGCCAACCACCAAGAAAUGUGUGGAAACAUUAUGGGACGACGUGAUGGAGCAUAUGGAACCGUUUGCUGAUGAGGUUGAGAACUGGGACAUUUCACACCUGACGCAAUUUCAAUGCGAAGCCUUAUCCGAACUGAGACAAUACAUCGAGGGUAAGCUGAAUGUUUGCCAGGCCGCGGACCUAAUGAGCGUGUACGAUCUGUUUUACAACACUCUGUUCAGCGUGACUACGUGCCGCAAUUACGUGACGGAAGUGACCGAGAUUGAAAACAACACAGUCAACGAAAAUUAAUGCCAGUGUGUAACGUUUUGGUUGCUGCUCAUCAGGCCAGGAAUUGUUUUAUAUUUUAAUCGAGUUUUGCAUUGAAUAAAUCGUG